UAAAUUGAAAAAACCUUGACGCAAAAGAAAAUGAAACGUUAGGCGGUUGAUGAUGAUUGGAAAAUGAAACAGGAAUCGACGAUUGGAAAACAAACUGGGAGGAGGUGAAUCGCUGCUUGGAGUGAAUGGGGAAAUGGAGAUGUUCCAUUCUCCUUGGAACCCUCCUCACCAGCACGUCCAAAUAUCCUACUCCUUACUUCUGCCGCCCUUUCACUCCUCUUCGCUACCUCCCAUUUCCUUCAAAUCCCAUUUCACGCUACUUCAGAUUCUUCCCGUUUUCGGCACUCCCAUCUCCGGCCUCCGUGUACGCCAAUGACUUUGUUUCCGGGUCUCAUGAUUUUCCUCACGACUACAUCUUCCAACCCAGGGAGGACGAUGGAUCGGAAAAAAUCCCUGUCAAGGCUUUCUUCCUUUGCACUAGUAUUGAUUUAAGGAGCAUGCAAGCUGAGCAUUGGAGCAAUAUUGUUCCUCCUUCCUCUCGUUCAGCAAAUUAUAUUGUUCUCAGAUAUUACGAUUUCCCUUCAGAAAUCACUGGCAUUGGAGGUGAAGAUAAUGUGGGCUGCUGUCAUUAUAUGGUUGUAUUCCAAUAUGGAUCUGCUGUCCUAUUUAACAUUGUGGACAAUGAAGUUGAAGCUUAUCUGAAAAUUGUUAGAAGAUAUGCUUCUGGAUUGCUACCUGAGAUGAGGAAAGAUGAUUAUGCUGUAAAACAAAAUCCAGUCUUGGCUGAGGAUAUGCAGGGAGGUACCGACUACAUUGUUCUUAAAAAUCUGGACAUUGAUGGUAUCCGCAUUAUUGGACGUGUGCUUGGCCAAAGUAUUGCUCUGGAUUAUUUUGUUUCACAGAUUGAUGGUAUGGUUGAAGAAUUUACAGAUAUAAAUCGUGGAAUGGAGAAAACUGGAACUUUCACAAUGGAUAGGAGGAAGCUCUUCCAACUUGUUGGAAAAGCCAAUUCAAACCUAGCCGAUGUCAUUCUCAAAGUUGGACUCUUUGAGAGAUCAGAAAUUGCUUGGAGAGAUGCAAAAUAUGCCCAAAUAUUUGAGUACUUAUGGGAGGAGUAUGAAGUCACACAACGUUUUGGGAACCUUGAUUUCAAAUUAAAAUUUGUUGAGCACAACAUCCAUUUUCUUCAAGAAGUUCUCCAAAAUAGGAGGUCAAAUCUCCUGGAGUGGUGCAUCAUUUACUUGAUAUUUAUUGAAAAUGUAAUCUCAAUAUAUGAGAUUAUUCAUGAACCAACAGCAGUUUCUCUGUGAACCAACAAGCAGAUAUGCAAAUUUUUUGUGAUCCAACAAGCACAUAUGCAGUUCAAGUUAUUCUUUGUGAUACAACCAAAUAAAGUUUCUGUAUCAAAACUGACUAAUUUAUGAUAGCAAAACAGUUUGUCAUUAUAUAUUAUUUUGUAAGCUUUUAAUUUUUUUGGGUAUCUCUAGUCACCCUUAAUUUUCAUCUGAUUGUAAUGUUUCUACCAACAGAAGAUAUCAGAGGCUUGCAGAAAAUUUAUCCAGCAGUAGAAUAAUGAUAGAAGAAUGUUGGGUUUACUCAACAUAGGAAUAUGAGGAUAGUUGUUCAUAAGUUGCACUCAUGCAAGCAGGAUCUCAGCUGUAUUCUCUAAGUUUGGAUAAAUUCCAUUUCCAUGUCAGAGUUCAACAAGUGGGGCGAAAAACUUAAGAUCAUUGCUGCCGCCCCCCUUGGCAGUGCUGUUUUCUUUAUGUUCUCAUUUCGACUUCAAUGUUUUGAAGUUGGUUUGUGCAUGGUGGCUCAUCGUGCACCAUGAGCUAUCCAUUCUUACUGGGCUUUGUCAUCUGCACUGGUCCACGCCCAAGGUUGUAUAGUACAUGCCUUUUUUUGUAACUUUGUUCAAAAUUUUAUGUGCUGUUUGAAACUUUCAUCUAAAGACGGAAGCAUUGAGCAUUGAGGCCGUGUUUGGUAUGA